AUGACUGAACAAAAUGGUUAUCAGAUACAAUCUAACGGUGAUCAUAAAAAUGAAUAUUUAUUCGAUAAAAAUCUACUUCAAUCAAUAUUUAAAGAAUAUUCACUAAAAGAUGUCAAACUUCAGGAUAAUAUUUAUGAUAAUAAAUAUCUUAUUCGACCAUUAAUAAUCUCUGAUUAUGAUCAUGGUUUUAUUGAAUUACUUCGUCAAUUAACUGAUUGUGGUACAGUUACAUAUGAUGAUUUUAAAAAACGUUUCAAUCAAAUGAAACAAUGUCCAAAUACAUAUCAUAUUCUUGUAAUUGAAGAUAUCAAUAAUGAUAAACAAAUUGUUGGUACAGCAACACUUGUUUGUGAGAAGAAAUUCAUUCGUCAAUUAGGUAUACGUGGUCGAAUUGAAGAUGUUUGUGUACAUGAUCGAUGUCGUGGUCAACAACUUGGAAAAUUACUUAUUAAUUUAUUAACACAAUUUGCACGAGAAAAAUGUGAUUGCUAUAAAAUAUCAUUGGAAUGUAAAGAUCAUUUAGUUACAUUUUAUCAACAAUUUGGUUAUAAUCAUGAAGAUAAACAAAACUUUUUAUGUCAACGUUUCAAAGAUCUAUCGACUAAUCAACAUGAAAAAUCUCAAUAA